AUGGCUCAUGUGGCAUUGCCGACGCUAAAGACGAUGGACGAUGGCCAGAGCAAAACGAGUGCAGAUAUGUUUCAGCUCACCAAUCUGGAUCCAUCUCGUAGCAGGGAUGUUGGGGAGAUGAGCGUAAAGAAGGGGCGCUACGCAGAACUUUCAGUUCAUGUCGCAAUACGGGCUAGCAUUGGUCAUGGAGACACAUCGAAGCCGUUGUCACAUCUAUGCGGAAACCAUCGACGCUGCCUAGGGCAUGAGAUUCGACCAUCUAGCGCUUUUUCCGUGGUCCGCUAAAUCGUUAAAUAUGAUGUGGGAGGCCACAUCACGACGGCAUUAGCUAUGCUGAAGCAUGUAAAACCCUCAGGAGCGUCCGCGGUCGUCGGUCAACCAGUAUUUGCGGCGUUACCACCAGGAUUUGCGAGGGUACACAUGGAGGUCGACUACGGAGACGCAUUAACCGUGUACCUCUAUGAAGACUGGGAGUUUUUUUAUUAAAAGCAACGGGAGGUCAUAUAUAAUAUUUACUGCCAUAAUCGUGGUAUGGCCCGACAUGAUGACGUCUGGAAGAUCCAUGAGGCAACUGUUGAUUAGCCUGGGAAGUUAUCUACAGCCGGGUAGGACACUUCUGUUCUUCCCGAGUCCUCACGAGGAUCACAACCAGCAGGAAUGGAUUGCAAUGGGAAGAGUGUGCGGAAAUUCGUAAGGUUCAUGACCACACCGGAUCGCUGAUUCGAGGCCGAUUUGGGAGACCACUACAAGGAAGUUCUGGAAACCACUCCGUAUAACCACCCUGCCCUUUGCCUCGGAACGGACCCACACUUCAAGGGGACUCGAUUCAACUGCCCAAUUAUCUUGUUCCUGGAGAAGAUGCGUGUGACCAUGCGCGAUAUCCUCAGACUGUGAGAGUUUGAAGCCGCAUCGGACCAGCUCAAGGAGAAGCGCCGGGAAGUGAAAGCAGCUAAGAUGAGGCGACGUCGAGACGAAUUCAAAAGAAAUUUCUCCGUCAUUGUAGACCCCGAACAUAGACGACACUACCAGAUUAUUUCGUUUCGACGCCCUGGUGGCGUGCCGCGCGAAGAGAGAAUGACAUCCCAGCAGGGAGCAAGGAUUUUUAAAACGAGGACAGUGAGCUUUCCACCGCGUAGAACACAUCCUUAUGGAGCCGCUUGA